AUGUUGUUUAAAGCGGAAUCUAGCAAAACUGAGAGUACGUUUCAGGCUUGUGAACUGGAAAGGCAAGAAGUAGAUUACACGGAUUGUUCUAAACGGUUUCAGGAAGUUGCUAGAGACUUUUCGAACCAGUAUGCUCACAUAUAUUCAGCUAGACUGAAUACUUUUAGAAAUAUCUUGACUCCAAUAGUUCGAAAGAAGUGGUCGGAUCGUCAUAAGAUUUUGAAGUUAUGUGAACUUCGAGAUAAGGGUACAACAUGUGUUAUAAUUGGGACGCUUUUCAAAUUCCAAGAACUGAAACCUAGCAUCCUGAAAGAAUUGUCUGAUCAGUUGGAAAUCAUACCUCAAGCUCCUAGAACACACUUUGUACAUGAUAGUGAUAGCUUGGUGUUGGAAGAUGAGCUUCAAAGAAUAAAACUGGUUGGCGACUGCAUUGAUGUUCAUAGUGUUGUGACUGGUGUGGUCUGUGCUUUGUUAGGAUCAGAGAAUGAAGAUGGAAUAUUCACAGUCCAAGAUAUUUGCUGGGCUGGAUGUGGUAUACAAAAACCAUUACCAAAAUUGAGUUCAGACAAAUAUGUAGUUUUAAUUUCUGGUUUAAACACAUCAAAGACAGCUGAACACAUGUUCUCAUUGCAUCUAUUGAUGGAAUGGUUGUCAGGUUUGUCUGGUACAUCUGAAUACCAAGAGGAAGUCUCCAAGAUUGUUAGAGUUAUUGUUGCUGGUGGAGUAUUAGCAAGCCAGACAAAGGAAGGUAGUGAAAAUGAAUCAGAUUUCUUUGCUGCAGUGGAAUUAAUGGACUCUUUAGCAGCCACUUUAAGUGCAGUUGCACCUCUAGACCUCAUGCCUAGUAGCAAGGAUCCAACUGGAAUAAUGUUGCCACAAAAACCUUUCCACUAUUGUUUAUUCCCUAAAGCUAUUGAGUACAAAUCAUUCAAUCGAGUGACUAAUCCUUAUGAAUGUGAUAUUGGAGGUUUCACAUGUUUGGGGACUUCAGGUGAACCAAUAAAGGACAUUAUGAGAUAUAGUAAGCUUGACAACGCUCUGGAAGUGAUGAAGAAAACCCUAUUAUGGAGGAACAUUGCACCAACUUGUCCAGAUACAAUACCAUGCACACCUUGCACAGAUACAGAUCCCUUUAUUAUGUACAACUGUCCAGCCAUUUACUUCUGUGGCAAUUGUCCUGAAUAUGCAACUGAUCUAUAUGAAGGAGAGAAUGGCCAGCGCACCAGGCUAGUGUGUGUACCAAACUUUUGUGAGUCAAUGACUGUUGCCCUGAUAAACUUGGCAAAUCUAGAAUGUUACAGCAUGAAGUUUUCAUAA